UUAUUGUGUUCACACGAGAAAUUAAAUUGUCCGAAAUACUAUAUCACGCCUUUGUUAUUAGGAUAACGCUUGCUAACGUGCUAACGGAGCAUAUGAUUAUUUGUAUGUACCUGGAAAUGGAAUUAAUUCCCUUUUUAUUAUAGAAAGCUUGUACCGAAGUUCAUGAGAAUGUACUCUUAUAAUUGAGUAUGAAUAAUAUCGUCUCAUUUAAGGACUUUUGGAUUAGAGUAUAACGACACAGACAAUGUUGCCGUCCUGUCUUCAAAGUAAUGAAUUAACAUACAAUAUCACAACGGCUCUGUUUUGCCAUCGACUUCUGGAAAUGUUCUUUGGUGAUAAAUCGGUAGUUCUUUGGGACCCAGUCUUUAAAGCAAACGACUACAGAUUUGUCGCAAAUAACCUCAAUGGAGAUUUUCCGGAAGGAUAUUCCAUUGUGCCCGACAUUUACAACGCAACAAACGUAGCUAUGGUGUGUACUGGAUUGAGUGAAAACGAAUGUCAGAGAUGGAUUUCGUGUUCACGUGCAGCCAGAGAUUGUUGCAAAAGACAAAAAGCAGCUGAAUUGUCAGAAACAGAUCAAGAAUUUUAUUGCAAAAUUACAUGGGACGGUGUAUCUUGUCUCGAUGCAACUCCAAAUGGAACUGUUCUCGACCUACAGUGUCCAUCUUAUUAUAUUCCUACGGAUGAUUCAAAAACAUUCUCAACUGUGUGUUUGCCUAGCGGGAAAUGGAAAGAGCGUGUUAUUGAAAAUGGAACACUUCUUGUAUACAAAACUUGCAAAGUACCUAAAAAGAUACUCGGAGCAGAAUUCUUAGAAGAGCACAUAAUGGUUACCCUGGUUACAAACCUCAUUAGCUUAGCAAUCACAUUGCCUGCCAUAGCAAUUCUAACUCUUUUCAGGUGCCCAGGCAACACAGAGUCAAGAAGAAGGACUCGAAAAAUGUACAGAAUUCAUCAGCAUUUUCUGCUAUCUUUGAUACUUGUUAGCAUUGUAACAUUGAUUUGGGACGAAGUUAUUGCAAAAGAACACAUUGUCAAAUUGCACAAAGGAGCAAGUCAAAUAGACUUAAAUUCGGCCUUUUGCAAGAUUCUACAUAUCACACAGAGGUAUCUUAGAUCAGCCACCUAUUUCUGGAUGUUUGUAGAAGGACUCAAUGUUCUCAUUCCAUUGCUUCCGAGUUUCCAAAAAGAAAUAAGGUUGAUGUGGAUAUAUUUCAUCGGGUGGGGAGUUCCAUUAAUCCCUAUUGCUAUUUACGCAUCGUUGAGGACGGCUAUCAGUCAGUAUGAUUAUAAGUGCUGGAUAUAUCCAGUUCUUUGGUUGGAAUUUAUAAUUAUAGGACCAAAUGUCAUAUCUGUAUUGUGUAACAUUAUUUUCCUGGUAAUAAUAGUGGUGACAAUUGUAAUCAAAGAACGGAAAACGAAUGAAACCCGUGCAUCAUUUUGUACUGUCAUGCCAAAACCACUCCGUGCACUGUUCUUUCUCAUUCCAUUGUUCGGACUCCAUUUCAUUUUGGCUUGGGUGCUCCACGUGUUCGAUGGAACAUGGUGCUUCGUUGUCAACAGUGUAGUAGAAGGAUUACAGGGUUCUCUAGUAUCCAUCUUAUGGGUUUUCUGCAGUAAACAGCUACGGGAUUUCUUAAGAGCGUCCAUUGAACGCAAAUGUCCGCAACUUUUUUUCCGAUUUAGGGAACGUAAACUCAGUGCCUUAUCCAGUACUCAACUGACGCACGUUGUACAUCCAGUACAUAACACGGCUAUGGCAGAAAAUGUCAUUCCACAAGAGGCUGAAGUACAGAGACUAGCACCCGAGGAGAGAUGAAAUAUUAAAAUAAAAACAUUGUAAAGCUAUUUUCCUACCUUUAUCAAUAGAAAUAUAUUUUGUUUAUCUCCUUAAGGGGGCCGACUGGAGUUUUCAUUACGCAAUACUUCGCGCAGCAUAGUAAAAUAAAGCGUAUUUACUCUUUUAAAGUAACUAUUUUUACAUAAUUUAUAAAAAUUAACAAAUUUAGGAAAGCUAAGGUUAAAAAAUCUAAUUACGUUUUUAAAUAAGUGAUUUUCAAAUGAUUUUUCAAAUGAUGGGUAGAUAGACGUCGUAAUAGCGUGUUUUUGACGUUAUGAAUAACCGAAGUUCGACAAGCAGGGUCAUUAAUUAUGUCAUAAAAUAAAAAGUAUAAAAUAGAUGCUCUUGAAAUUUUAAACAUAGAAAAUUGAGAAUCUCACAAUCAUUUUUGUUAUUUUUUAUGUAAAUCUGUGGCAUCCGUCAUGUUUUGUUGUACGCCAUAAAAACGGGAAAAUAUCACGAUUUUUGACAUUUUGAGAUGCCCCCUCUGGAAACCAGACGGUAGAAUUUUGUGUUUCUUGCCAAAAAUGUACAAUAUAGUAUUACUAAUCAAAUAAUAUAAUUUGAGCAAAAAUUCUAUGGUAGCAUUUGAAUAUUUUGCUCCGAAGUGCGAAAAAAUAGUAUUUUCCUACAUAAUCCUAUAGCAAAUGUACCUGUAUUUUGAGAUGGUCCCUAAAAAAUAACCAGACGGUAGAUGUUCACUAAACUUGGCAUGUAUACUGUAAGGUACAUAUGGUAUAAACUUAAAGAGUUUCUCUAUAGUAGUUUUCACACAAUAAAACCCCAGUCGGCUCCCUUAAAGUGAACCCUCGCUGCGACUGUGUAUACCCGUAUAACUUGCAUUCUUAUGUAUUAGAAAAGUUUUAUUAUUAUAAUUAUUAUUUGUGCAAUAUUAUAUAUGACUUAAUAAUUUAUGGUGUGUGUUUGAAGUUUACUUUUAUGUGUAUUUUCUCUUUUACAAAAAGUUGAAAAGUUGAUCAAGAUAUGCUAUUUCCAAGUGUAUGUAUGCUUAAAAUUAUAUGCUUUGUUUUAAUCUAUUUAAAUCUUGCUGUAUUGAUAUCUUUAUGACGUCUAGAAAAGAAUGACUGGAAGUAUCACAGCUUUGAAAAAAUUGAAAAAUGUUUGAUAACUCAAUGAUCUCACUUAGUAAGUGAAAAUGUGUACAAGUACAAAUCUUGUUCUGAAUUGAAUGGGGCAUUUUAGCCAUGAACACCUAUACAGAUGUUAUGUACUGGAAAUAUGUUCAUUCUUGUUGGUUUUCUUUUUUUAUUUUUGUUUUCCAUGUAUUCCUUAUGUUUGAUUGAAAAAUAUAUAUAUAACAUUA